CCACCACCCAUAGAAAACCUCCAAGAUAAGCACCGAAUUUCGAAGCCCCCACCAAGAAAACAGUUUCAAAAACCAAAAACCAAAAACCGAAGCCGAGAACCUCCGAAAAUGAGACUCCUCAUUCUGGCCGCCGCCGUCCUCCUCCUCCUCCAAGUCUCGGCCGCCGGAGCCGCCCGCACGGAGGGGCUGCUCGGGGGUUGGAAGCCGAUAAAGAACCUGAGCGACCCGUACGUGAGGGAGAUCGCCGAGUUCGCCGUCAAGACGCGCAAUGACGAGGCCAAGUCGGGGCUGGCGCUGGAGAAGGUGGUGAAGGGCGAGAUGCAGGUCGUCUCCGGGACGAAGUACAGGCUCGUCAUCGAGGUCAAGGACGGGGCCGAGACGAAGAGCUUCGAGGCCGUCGUUUGGGACAAGUCGUGGGAGCAUUCCAGGCGUCUCUCGUCGUUCAAGGCCGUUCGGGGCAAGGCGUGAGUCGUCCGUUUCGUCAUACUUCUGAAUUAUUACUAGUAAUCCUCGGUCAUGUUACGGUUUCAGUAGUUUGAGAAUAAAUCAAGAGUCUAUAUAUAGAAGUGAGAUCUGGUUGUGUAUCGUUUGGGAUGGAAAGUUUCAGUCUGAUCUGAUGGGCUGUUUGUGUUUAAAAACUUUGGUGCAAUUCGAGGGAUCCUACGUUUUCCUUUC